AUGUGGAGGGCAUUAACCUGUGCUCUGGGCUCUCUGCUGCUGCUCCAGCCUCUGCACACGCCACGGCUCGCACAUGGCCAACACACUGCUCAGAAUGAUCUGCUAAGUUACAACGAUUCUUCUCCAAACAAACAUGAUGUGACCCAAGGCCUUGAAGCAGACUCUGGUCCUUCAGCUCUGAGCAACUCCACCCCUGUACUGGAGCUGGAUGAGACCGAACACGUCCAAGCACCUGUCACUGUGGAAGAGACACAUGAACCUGACCUGCACAUGGACAAUGUAACACGCGUGGACACAGAUUCAGAGAUCCCGGAGCUGGACAGUGGAAACCUCUUGUAUGGAGCUGACCACAGACUAUACAGAGUCCACCGAGGACCUCCAGGUUUCAUGGGACUACCAGGAAAACAAGGAUGUCCUGGAGUACAAGGACCAAUCGGAUUCAAAGGAGACAAGGGCUCCUCUGGUCGUCCCGGAGUGGAAGGGCAGCGUGGACACCCGGGACCCCCUGGUGAGCCUGGUUUGCCUUCUCUGUUUCUCUGGAGGAACACGGAGGAGGACUGGGCUGCGUUUAAGAGAUCUCCAUUCUACCAGAUGCUGAAGGCUGGCUGGCCGGUGAUGCCUGGCCCUCCUGGACCGCUGGGGCACCCGGGAAAACCCGGUCCUCCUGGGCUUCCCGGACACGCUGGAAACACAGGAAUGCCGGGGCUAAGAGGAGAUAUGGGUCCCGUCGGGCCCAAGGGAAUACUUGGACGGGCAGGACGAUGGGGCACUGAUGGGAGCCCAGGACUUGAUGGAAGACCUGGUCCUCCUGGUGUACGGGGCCUCAAGGGGCAACGAGGCUUUAAGGGGGACGAGCCUCCAGAAGGGGAAAAGGGAGAUAUGGGUUUCACCGGAGAGCCGGGACCCAGCGGAGAACGGGGAGACUACGGAGAGAAGGGUGUUAAAGGAGAGACUGGAGAAGCUGGACCAGUUGGCCCCACUGGUGUUAUGGGUAUAAAGGGUGCUCAGGGACCUCCUGGAGCUCCGGGUGUAGAGGGAGAGUGCGGUUAUGAUGGUGUAAGAGGACCCCUAGGACCCCCAGGGGCAGCUGGAGCCACAGGGGGGAUCGGACAGCGUGGGAUUAAUGGGACAGAAGGUGAUCCAGGUCCAACUGGUCCGAGGGGGCGAGCUGGCCCUCCUGGUCCAGUGGGUUUGACUGGACAGACAGGUGUCCCCGGACCUCAAGGACCUCAGGGCCUGUCUGGAGAUGAUGGCCAAUGUGGCCCGAAAGGGGAGACGGGUGUGGCAGGACCCAUGGGCAUCAGGGGGUCACCGGGCCCUGAGGGAUCUAUGGGCGUGAGUGGAGGUCCUGGAGCUAAGGGGUUCCUGGGUCACACAGGCCCCAGGGGACCAGACGGGGACAAAGGAGGAACUGGCCUUAAAGGAGACAAAGGACCCCCAGGUGCUCGGGGCAUCCCAGGCCGUCCAGGAGAGAGGGGCGAGAGAGGAUCAGCAGGUUCUCCAGGAGACAGAGGUCAGGGAGGCCCACAGGGUAAAGAGGGUGAAGAUGGGGAGGUCGGCCUCCAGGGCACUCUGGGGCGACAGGGACUAAAGGGCAACAGAGGAAUACAAGGACAAAAGGGGAACGUGGGACCGAAAGGACCCAGAGGCCGCACUGGGCUCCCAGGGCUCUUCGGACUGCCUGGCAUAGCGGGUUUCCGAGGCCAAGUCGGGAUAGAAGGACCAGAAGGAAAGCCUGGUACACAGGGCUCUCCUGGUCUGAUUGGCGCCAUUGGUCCUAAAGGAGACAGAGGCUUUCCAGGGGCAUCAGGUGAAGUUGGGAAGGCCGGUCAGAAGGGGGCAGCGGGACAACAAGGAAGUCCAGGUUCAAAUGGGACGCCUGGCCGUGCAGGGGAGAAGGGCUUCACUGGGAAACCAGGGUUGGCUGGGCCGCAGGGACCAGUGGGCAUGUAUGGGUAUCCAGGAGCUCUGGGUCAAGUGGGGACACCAGGUCACAUGGGACCAAGCGGAGACAGAGGAAUCAGAGGAGCACCGGGCAGCAAAGGGAAGCCUGGACCUCCUGGUCUGCGUGGCCCUGGCGGAGAGAGAGGACCCCCAGGACCACAGGGCCUCCAGGGGACAGUGGGGUCCAAAGGGCAGCGGGGGCCAACAGGCCCCCCAGGACGUCCCGGAGUCCAGGGUGCUGUGGGACCUGCAGGGCCUGUGGGGAUUCAGGGGCCCAUGGGGAAACAGGGGCCUCCAGGAGCCAGAGGGUUUCCAGGUACAGCAGCGGUCAGAGGAGCCAUGGGAGCACCCGGAGACAAAGGAGACACGGGUGUUGUGGGUUCUGCUGGGGACAUUGGUCCACCUGGGCUCCAUGGCCUGCAGGGUUUACCUGGUCCACCUGGAGAAGAAGGAAAACCUGGAAGAAAGGGCGACCACGGGUCUCCAGGUGCCUCGGGGCCAGUUGGACUCUGGGGCCACAAAGGACAGGGCGGUCUGCAGGGAUCACAGGGGGUCACAGGCAGACCGGGGACCAGGGGCAAACAGGGAGGGGGGGCCAUUGGAGCCCGUGGUCGAGUUGGAUCAGACGGCUCUCCUGGUCUGCCCGGUAAACAGGGUACCAGAGGAGCAACUGGGGACAAGGGUUAUCCCGGACUGAUGGGCUCGGCUGGUCUGCGGGGGAAGACUGGACCUAUGGGACUGAUGGGACUAGUGGGCUUUCCAGGACUGUCGGGGCAUUCGGGUCGUGAUGGGAGACCAGGGCAAAAGGGAGACAGGGGCCCAUUGGGUUUGACAGGAGAAAAUGGAAUUCCUGGUCCAAAGGGGGUGCUUGGUCGCAGAGGGCUGAAAGGGGAACUAGGCCGACCUGGACCUAAAGGCUCCACUGGUGUCCAGGGCAGAGCAGGGGCGGCUGGUGCCAAAGGUUUCCCUGGACCACUGGGGCCAAUGGGAGGAGCCGGGAUCAAAGGAGAGCAAGGAGACCUGGGUUCCAAUGGACUUCAAGGUCACAAAGGACAAAAGGGAUCUCCUGGACCAAAGGGUGAAGAAGGUGACCUUGGUCCUGACGGUCCUGUUGGUCCCCGCGGUCCUCUGGGGCCGAAGGGGCUGCCAGGUUUGCAGGGGGCAGUCGGCUCGAAAGGCAGCAAGGGAAAUGACGGCAAGACUGGACGUCCUGGGAAGAAGGGGCGUAUCGGGAGGAAGGGAAAGAAGGGAAAAUCAGGAAGUAGAGGCAUCAGAGGAAAAGGUGGUGAAAAGGGGAAACGUGGAGGCCCUGGACCUCCUGGCCCACCGGGCCGGCGAGGCGCUUACGGAAAACGUGGGUCACAAGGUCAAAAAGGAGAUAAGGGACCAGCCGGCUCUAAGGGAGAACCAGGAGCAAUGGGACCACCUGGACCUGUUGGUGGAGAUGGUUUGAAGGGUGUAAAAGGUCCCACUGGGGUCGGGGGUAAACUGGGUCAGAAAGGAGAGCAGGGUGAUAUCGGGCCCCCAGGUCUCCGUGGAGGGCCUGGCCUCCCUGGGUUACCGGGAUUGUUUGGACAAAAGGGACUGAAAGGAUUGUCAGGAGUUCGGGGGCGUAAAGGGCACAAGGGAAAGCCAGGUCCUCCUGGUCGAGCCGGACCACCAGGGCCUUCACUGAACCACACACUGCAUCAGAUGAAGGAGAUGAGGUUCAUGUCGGACAGGUCUCACAUGCUGCAGCUUCAGGGCCUUCUUGACUCCCUGCACACAGAGCUGCACUGGUUCAUGAAUCCUCCAGAGGGCACUAGAGAGCAACCGGCCACCACUUGCCUGGAGCUGAGGAUGGCCCGUCCCAACAGCACCAGUGGGAUGUAUUUUAUUGAUCCAAACCAGGGCAGUGCUGCGGAUUCUUUCCAGGUUUACUGUGACUUCUCAGCUGAGCCUAAGACCUGCCUGUCCCCCAUUCACACUCGGGUUCCAGUCAAACCAUGGCUGAAAGAAUCCGACCAUACUUUGGGAUUUAGUUGGCUGAGUGCAUUUAAAGAUGGCUUUCAGUUUGAGUAUGUGGAUGUGGUUCAACUGAGGUUCCUGAGGCUCCACAGUCGGACCUCCUCUCAGACCGUCACAUACCGCUGUGGUCCCGGGUGGAGACAGAGCGGAGACUCCAGAAACAUCAAGUUCUUAUCUGACUCCCCUAACCAGAGCUACCUGUCCACGCUGCGCGACUGUCAGCCUUCAGGAGAUCGGGGCUCAGGAUCACAGGAGUCUGUUUUUGAGUUUGAGAGUGAUGAUCUUGAGCUGCUGCCUCUCAGGGACAUUGGUAUAUUUGGGAAUCAUGAACUCCCCGGAGGUUGUAGCCGUGUGAGCCCGGCUGCUCCAUUCACCGGAGCGGCUCUGGAUUCCCCUGGACCCGUGCUGAGGCCUCCAGCCACGCCUCGGUCUACGGUCACCCCCGAGCCCGCCUCUAGCGCCCUGAUGACGGGGUAG